UGCAAGCCAAAACUGGAUGUAAGAACGUCACAUGUUGUUUUCUCUCUCAGCGCAGUCACUGUGGUGUUAUUUGGUGCUUAACUGUUGCAGAUAGCGGACGGGAAUACCGGUGUCGGGUAAUGGAAUAAGUAAAGCGGAUUUUUCGGUGCUUUGGAAAAUAGCACAAAACAACUUCUCUAAAAGUAAGUGAAGCGUGCGCAUCAGAAUGGCGAGUCCUCAAACGAAUGGAGGACACUUGUUGUCUAAUGUGACCAAUAACAUUAAGAAAUGUGGAUAUCUAAAGAAACAGAAGCAUGGACACAGACGUUUUUUCGUGUUGAGAGAACCCAGCGAGAGCUUUCCUGCCCGCCUGGAAUACUACGAGAGCGAGAAGAAGUGGAAAAACAAGUCGGCUGCUAAAAGGGUGAUACUGCUGGACUCCUGUCUUUGCAUAAACAAGCGAGCAGACUCCAAGCACAAACACCUCAUCGCCUUUUACACCAAGGACGAAUACUUUGCAGUGGCAGCCGAAAACGAGCAGGAGCAGGAGAGCUGGUUUCGAGUGUUGUCGGAUUUGGUCGAAGAGGGGAAAGUCUAUGACAGCCCCGCGUCUAAUUCCACCUCUCUUUUCUGUUUUGAGGAGGCAAAUUACAGUAUGAUCACGCCGGCCACUACCUUUUGCAAGGAGGUAUGGCAAGUGAAUUUGAAAUCCAGAGGACUGGGUCAAACAAAACAUUUGACAGGGGUGUUUAGGCUGUGUUUAUCCAGUCGGACUAUCAGCUUUGUGAAACUGAACUCGGAGGUUGCAGCUGUCAGUUUACAGCUCAUGAAUAUCCGGAGAUGUGGCCACUCCGACAGCUUUUUCUUCAUCGAGGUUGGUAGGUCGGCUGUCACUGGCCCUGGUGAGCUCUGGAUGCAGGCGGAUGACUCGGUGGUUGCGCAAAACAUCCACGAGACCAUCCUGGAGGCGAUGAAAGCCAUGAAAGAGCUGUCAGAAUCAAGACCGCGCAGCAAGAGUCAGUCGGCUAGCACCAACCCCAUUUCCGUGCCCACAAGACGCAACUUGAACAAUCUGCCUCCAAGUCAGACAGGGUUGGUGAGGAGGUCGAGAACAAACAGCAUAGUGGCCACAUCCCCAAUGAGCAAGUUCACAUCCUGUCGGAUAAGGACAGCUAGUGAGGGGGAUGGCAGCAUGGUCAGGCCAGUGUCUAUGUCAAUAUCUAUGAGCGGGAGCCCCACCAGUCCCCUCUCCAACCGGAACCCUCUGAGCAGGUCCAAUACGCUCUCCACUGGCCGCACCUGCCAGAUACUGGAGUCCAGCCUCCAGCACAGCCGCUCCAUGCCCAUCUCCAACUCCCCUCCCUCAAUCUGCAGUUCCAUCUGCCUCUCCCCCAUGACUGGGACCCUCCCCACCCCUGAUGCGGCCCACCGCCCCUUCAGCUGCAGCGCCUCUAUCUCAGGCUCCCUCAGCGACGCAAGCUUCAUGCUAUGCAAUGAGCACAGCUCCAGCCCAGGCGACACCUCCAUUCUCCUACCCCUCACCAGGAGUGACACCCACGACUCCCUCUCCAGCACUCCUCCCUCCCGGGAGGCCAACGAUCUGUGUGGCUACAUGAUUAUGGACAGGACCAAUGACCAACGGCAGGUGUGCCAGGAGGAGGACUUGACAUCGGAGAAGGCGUACAGGAAGAGAACAUACUCUCUCACCACACCACGCCAUCAGCGGGUGCCCGCCCAGCUGUCCUCUGCCUCGUUGGAUGAGUACACCCUAAUGCGGGCUGCCCACCACACCAACAGCGGGCACCACUCUAGGCGCAGCUCCAUCUCCGCCUCCCCAAAGGUGUCCUACCCCAAAUCCAAUGGUAACCAAGUAAGGGAUGAUGGCUAUAUGCCUAUGAUGGCGGGCGUGGCAGCACCGCCCAGGUGCAGCAACAGCAAAGCAGAUGCUUACAUGCCCAUGAGCCCCAUGUGUGUCUCGGCUCCCAAGCAGAUCAUUAACCCCUUGGCCCAAAACCACCAGUACGAGGCCGGCGACCAGACCAACUCACCCAGCAGCGGAGGCUCCUUGGAGGACAGUGGUUACAUGAGGAUGUGGUGCGGCUCCAAGUCUUCCGUUGAAAGCCCAGACAGCCGCUCGACCUACAUGAACAUGUCCCCUCGCAACGCCGCUUACACCACCUCGCAGACCCCCCCGGACUACUUCCUAGACCAGCUUCCGGGUCGUGGGCCUUCCAUCACACCCAUCUACUCCACAGACUCCCUGCCACGCCCCAUCAAACUCCACCAGGCUUCCAAGGAGGCGGGGGACACUGGUGACCAGUACGUCCUGAUGAGCCCACAAGGCCAUCAGUCGCUAGGUAGGGAGUCAGACGACUACUACUCAGUGAUGACCAAUCCGGCCCCGCCCAACUCCUCGGUGCCCUCGCCAAUCAGACAGAGCCGGGGGACUGAGAGCCUGACAUCCCACCGGGGGAGAAUGGGGCGACCCAACCGGCUAUCUCUGGACAGCUGUAGGAUCCUACCCAGCAUGAACGAGCACCUCUUGCCCGGGGAACCCAGGAGCCCGGGCGAGUAUAUCAACAUAGACUUCAGUGAGGGCACCAAGUACUCCCCGCCGUCAGCAUCCAAUGAGAGCCAGGAGUCGUCUCUGGGCUCCAGCGGCGGCCAGCCGAGGUCCCCUUUCUCCGACUACAUGAACCUGCACCACGUCGUCUCACACUCACCCAAGGCCGGAGACACCCCUGACGGACGGUUGGACACGGUCCCCGAGUCAUCCCUGUGCCCUUGUCCGGAUGGGGAGGGAGUGUACUGUCAGAUCGAAGAGGCCAAGAGGGAUUCCAAGUGCCCCCAGAGAGGCAAGGAUGAGUACACCGAGAUGACAUUUGGACUUGGAAUGGCCAACAUGCCUCCCCAGUUCCUCCCUCAGACCUCAACAAGUGCCAGAGAGAAGAGGCUAUCCCUGGGUGAGCAGGGCCUCCCGGGGGGCAUGGGGGUGUUCCUCCUUGGUGCGGCCACCCCCGUGGAUCCUGACAGUGCCGCCAAGGUGAUCCGGGCCGACCCCCAUGGCCGCAGGCGGCACAGCUCUGAAACCUUCUCCUCUACGGCUACCGUCACCCCCGUGUUCCCCUCGUUCGCCCAUGGGGACGCCAAACACCACAGCUCGGUGGAAAACCUGUCGGUGCGGAGCAGCGAGAGCUCCGACGAGGAGUGUGGCAGCCCCAUGAGUAGAGAGAUCUCUGGGGGCUUCCAGAAUGGACUGAACUAUAUUGCCCUGAACCUGAUGGAGGACAGGGACCUGGAGGGACCUUGUUGUGAAGACCUGACCACGGUCAGCUUUGAGCCGGCCAGCAGCUGCAAGGGAGCCCUCCAUGGAUUACAUGUCGCGCCGUACGUCUGUUUGGGGUUCAAGGAGGCGGUCACCUCUGUUAAAGACUGAACAGGACAGUGGACAAUCCAAGCCCUCAUCCUUGCUCUGAGACGGACAGUCAUACAUUGGGGUGGCCGAGACAACCUGCUGCUGUAAAUUAAGUCAGUCUGUGCCUCGUGACCCAACAAACACCCCCGCCAUGACUAACUCUCUCGCCCAAUCCUAACACUGGUGCUGUCCCAGAGACUCUGUACUAAAAAGUAGAUGGGGGGACUCCUAUAUGUGGCUGGAGGCUAUAUUUCUAGCUCUGUUUAUUUGUUUAGAAUUUUCUCUCUGGUUUUUGGUUGUGGCUCGUGGACUGUGAGUAGCCUGUUUGACCCCCAGGACAUGUGAAGCAAACCCUGGUAAGGCACAGUAUGUGUACUUAAAACCCCCCCACACACACACACACGGUACGCAGAUAUUAUUUAUUUGCUUACAUGAGUAUGGAUGGGUCAAAGUUUGUCUGUGUGUGUAAAAACGGACACCAUGACCGUUUCAGUAACACAGUCACUAACAAACCGUUUAAAAUAAAUCCCUACCUCAGAAAGAGCAAGGCCGCAUACUGAGAAACGUAUAGAUAUAUUUAGGUUCUAUUUAUUUUGGAAUGUUUCAUUUAGACCAACCCAAAGCCUUGUCUCUGAGGUUGUAUUUGUACUGCACAACAAAGAAAAUCUGAUUUAUUCUACUAUUUUCUUAUUUCUAAUUUAAUUUUAGCAUGCUUUAUCAUGAUAUAGUUGAAGUCGGAAGUUUACAUACAUUUAAAUGGAAUUUUUCACAAUUCCUGACAUUUAAUCCUAGUAAAAAUUCCCUGUCUUAGGUCACUUAGGAUCACUACUUUAUAAGAAUGUGAAAUGUCAGAAUAAUGGUAGAGUGAUUUAUUUAAGCUUUUAUUUCUUUCAUCACAUUCCCAGUGGGACAGAAGUUUACAUACACUCAAUUAGUAUUCGGUACCAUUGCCUUUAAAUUGUUUAACUUGGGUUAAACGUUUCGGGUAGCCUCCCACAAGCUUCCCACAAUAAGUUGGGUAAAUGGUGGCCCAUUCCUCCUGACAGAGUUGGUGUAACUGAGUCAGGUUUGUAGGCCUCCUUGCUCGCACACGCUUUUUCAGUUCUGCCCACAAAUAUUCUAUAGGAUUGAGGUCAGGGCUUUGUGAUGGCCACUCCAAUACCUUGACUUUGUUGUCCUUAAGCCAUUUUGCCACAACUUUGGAAGUAUGCUUGGAGUCAUUGUCCAUUUGAGAUGUUGCUUCAAUAUAUCCACCAAAUUUUCCAUCCUCAUGAAGCCAUCUAUUUUGUGAAGUGCACCAGUCCUUCCUGCAGCAAAGCACUCCCACAACAUGAUGCUGCCACCCCGUGCUUCACGGUUGGGAUGAUGUUCUUCGGCUUGCAAGACUACCCUUUUUUCCUCCAAACAUAGCGAUGGUCAUUAUGGCCAAACAGUUAUUUUUUUGUUUCAUCAGACCAGAGGACAUUUCUCCAAAAAGUAUGAUCUUUGUCCCCAUGUGCAGUUGCAAAUCGUAGUCUGGUUUUUAAUGGCGGUUUUGGAGCAGUGGCCUCUUCCUUGCUGAGUGGCCUUUCAGGUUAUGUCGAUAUAGGACUCGUUUUACUGUGGAUAUAGAUACUUUUGUACCUGUUUCCUCCAGCAUCUUCACAAAGUCCUCUGGGAUUGAUUUGCACUUUUCGCACCAAAGUAUGUUCAUCUCUAGGAGACAGUCUCCUUCCUGAGCGGUAUGACGGCUGCGUGGUCCCAUGGUGUUUAUACUUGCGUACUAUUGUUUGUACAGAUGAACAUGGUACCUUCAGGCAUUUGGAAAUUUCUCCCAAGGAUGAGCCAGACUUGUGGAGGUCUACAAUUGUUAUCUGAGGUCUUGGCUGAUUUCUUUUGAUAUACCCAUGAUGUAAAGCAAAGAGGCACUAGGUUUGGUAGGCCUUGAAAUACAUCCACAGGUACACCUCCAAUUGACUCAAAUGAUGUGAAUUAGCCUAUCAGAAGCUUCUAAAGCCAUGACAUGAUUUUCGGGAAUUUUCCAAGCUGUUUAAAGGCACAGUCAACAUAGUGGAUGUAAACCUCUGACCCACUGGAAUUGUGAUAGUGAGUUAUAAGUGAAAUAAUAGUCUGUAAACAAUUGUUGGAAAAAUUACGUGUCAUGCACAAAGUAGAUAUCCUAACCGACUUGCCAAAACUAUAGUUUGUUAACAAGAAAUGUGUGGAGUGGUUGAAAAAUUAGUUUUAAUUACUCCAAACCUAAGUUUAUGUAAACUUCCGACUUCAACUGUGUAUGAUACAAUUUAAGAAGAUUUUUUACUAGUUCCAGUUAGAUGAGCAAUGCAUAUUAAAGUACAUUCAUGUAGGAAGGACGCAAAGAUGUUGGUCUGUGUACUUCCUAGUAGAAGUCAGAUCCUCAUCUAUCCCAGGCAUUUACUGUAUAUGCAAUACAUUACCCAUAAUCCCUAGCUCUAACCUGAUUACAUGGUAGAACAUCUCAAUGAUAUAGUUAUGGGGGUAGAACCACAUGAUUUUGGUCCAUGGGGAUUGCCACUGCUGCGGUAAGCACGAGGAGUACCUAGUGCCAGGGUCCUGUUCAUUAGGCAUAAAAUGGACUGAAACAACCAGAGUACUUGGACUUAAACGUUUGGUGCCCUAAUGAACACUACCCAAUUUUCACACCUAUUUCUCAGAUUGUAAUACACUAGAGACUCAUCUGAAUGUAGUAGAAAACGACAAUUGAAAAUUAAGUGGGGAGGGGUAGACAUUCAUCAAUCUGUAUUAUUUCAUAUGUACUACACUUACGGUUUAUUUUCUCUGCAAAGGCCUUUUUGUGUAGAUGAUGUACAUAAGAGUUUAUCUGAAAUAGGCUGUCGAUUUUUGAAGAGAUACAUUUAGUCAUGUUGCAAUGAAAUUACUGAACAAUGUAAAGAAAAUAUUUUUCAAAACGAUAUGUUUUUGGAUUGUUAAAUGUAUGCUUUUACCUCCUCACAGUAACUUGUGAAUACAUCUAGAAUAUUUAAAAAGAGAUAUCUCCAGUAUAUUUUGUUAUCUUUGCCUUGUCGAUAACAAUUUACCCAUAUGGCAUAUGCAACAGUGAAAUACAUUAACUUAGUUUGGAACCAAAUGUUGAAAUAUUUGUAAAUAAAAAAUGAAUUAAAGGAAA